UUCAUUCUUAGCUUCACCUGAUUUCAAACCGGGGUAGCUCUGCGCCCUAUCACUGUUUAUCGUCACUGUCUACUUCACUCUCUUGUCAUUUGCAUGCUGGCAGACUCAGUGAUUGGGCUCAAUUCCCCGGGCCCAGUCAUCUAUGCGGAUCGAGAGAUGGGGUUAUCCUCCCCGUCAAGAGCGACACAACAUGACCGAGAGCUUAUACUGUCGCUUAAAUCCUGUCCCAAUCUGACGUUGAAUCAUAAUAAUAAUACUACCAUGACAAGAGGUCUCUCGGACGACGGGACAGACCCCAGGGACAAGUGGACGCAAACAUCCUCCGAGAUGGACCUCAAAGAUCCUAAUAAUCACAGCCAGCAUGCAUUGCAUUGCCCUCACGCUGCUCGGCUUCAGAAAGCCGGUCCUCUCUGUCGGGAGUAUGAGAAGAUGAUCUCGGGGCAGCCAUUUAGACUACUAUCAUCGCCCAGUCUGCAGGGAAGGAAACUGCGGGCGCGACAGUUCUGUAUCAGUUAUAAUCAAGACGAUAUCCCCAACGAUCCUAAAGUGCCUCCAGAGAAGGUGUUCCAAGGCCUCCGGAACCGACGGGAGAAGAUGCUGCGUACGAUCAUCGGAGAGGUCGGUGAGCAGCCGGUCAUCGAACCUCCAUUUAACUUUCAGUAUGGUAGCAAUAUCGCUCUAGGAGAUAAGUUCUACGCCAACGUCAAGUGAGUCUACUGCUCGUGUGUAGGGGAGAGAGAGAGAAAGAGAGAGGAAGGAAAAAAGUCUCAGGACGAAUACUUACGGUCGCUCCCAA